AUGGCGCUCCCAUUUUCCAGCUUGUUGGCGGGCCUACCAAGCUGUGCUGCACCUUGCGCAACUGAAGCUCUUAAUUUCACCUCAUCUUGUGGGGUGACUGAGUUCAAUUCAGAAUGUCUAUGUAAAGACCAUAGUUUCAUAGAAACCUACCGGGUUUGCGUUCGCGCAUUCUGUGACAUCGGGCCUCUAUUCGAGGCUAAGAAUGCAACAUGGACAUGGUGCGACUAUCCAUAUUCCGAUCAGCAGGGAUCGGUGGCAGGGAGGAUAAUCAUUGUUGGGGUAACCGCCGUCUUUUUCUUCCUGCGACAGAUCGCCAAGGCCAUGAAGUUAUCCCAAUGGGGUCUAGAUGACUGGACUCUGAUACUCGGAUAUCUAUUCACUCUCUCUUUCGCGGUUUCGAAAUUCUACGGUUACGAGCUUGGCAUUGGCCGAGACGUGUGGUCACUAUCCCACGACGAAAUCAAUAGAUUCAUGCGAGUUUUCUUCGCUUUCGAAAUAAUCUACACCGUGAGCAUUGGAACACUGAAGGCAUCGAUCUUGUUCUUUUAUCUACGGGUUUUCAACCUCGUCAGUCCUACGUUCACGAUAAUUCUCUGGUGCACUCAAGCUUUCAACAUUCUUAACUGCAUCGCCUUCACAAUUGCGAAUCUGAAUCAGUGCAAGCCUUUCUGGUUUGCCUGGGAAGGCUGGGAUGGGCGACAUCCUGGGUACUGCGUGAACCUCACCGCCAUGCUAGUAUCGCACGGGGCAAUUAACAUCGCUCUGGAUGUCUGGAUGUUAGUCUUGCCUGUAACGCAGGUCCUCUGGUUGAAUCUACGGAAAAGACAGAAGCUGGAGAUCCUUUGUAUGUUUGGAUUGGGCAUCAUCAUCACUAUCGUCAGCAUCAUACGUCUACGAGUGUUGCUAAACUUCCGUAACUUUACAGAUCCAACGUAUGAUGCCUUUUGGCUACACAUGUGGUCAUAUGUUGAGCUUUCUGUUGUCGAGUCCCACAAGUGGAAGCGCUUUCAUGUCGACAGCGUCCUCGCCAUCGCGAACGCGAAGCGGAAAUACAUUUUGAUAUACAGAUAA